AUGGAGAGAAACGGCGCUGCCCUUCCCCAAACGCUGGACCCCACGCACCACUUCCACAGAGCGCUGCUGGAUCAGAGACGGAGGCUGCGUGGCCAAAUCGCUCACCUUCACAAGGCGGCUCGUAAACUCAACAAGCUCCGCAAAAGGUCCCUGAUUGCCAACGUCAGCGGGAGCACCCUGACCGCCGCCGGAGCAGUCACAGCCAUCGUGGGGCUGUCCCUGAGCCCGGCCACGCUGGCUGUGGGGCUGGGCCUGGCCACGGCCGGGGGGGCCGUCAGCAUCACCUCCGAUCUCUCCUUAGUGCUCUGCAAUUCCCGGGAGGUGAGGAAGGUGCAGGAAAUCGCAAUGACUUGUCGGAAACAGAUGAGGGAAAUCCUCGGCUGUCUGGAGUUCCUUCACCGGGGGCAAGGCCCAGGGGACCCCGCGCUGCGCCAGUCGGAGAAGAGGGCCUCCAUCUCGCUGUACAACUCCGUCUGCUUCAUGGUCUUCUGCGGCUCCCACAGCUUCCUCGUGCCGGAAUACUCAAAGGAGGUCACAAAAGUGAGCCAGGCCGUGCUGAAGGCCAAAAUCCAGAAGCUGGCUGCCAACCUCGAGACCUGCACCAGGGCAAUGGAUGAAGUCUGUGAACUUCUUGAGUCCAGGAUAGAGCGUUCCCCACACGUGAGGGGACUCAAACUGGGUGCUAAAUCCACUGCUGAGAUCCCAAGACCAUCCAGCUGA